AUUCAUGAACACUCGAGUGAUAAAAAUUCUCACCUCUGCGUUUUCAAUGAAAAUAUUGUAAAUUUUAUAAUUGUAUAUGUCAUUCUACAAAUAAUUUUCACAAACGUUAUUAAAAAAGAUUAAAAAAAAAAAUGGAAGAAUUUGGAAGAGAACCAUGUCCAACUAGAAUAUUAGAAGAUCUUGGUGGUGCUUUUGCUAUGGGCCUUAUUGGUGGAGGUAUUUUUCAAGGUAUUAAAGGUUUUCGUAAUGCUCCCACUGGAUUUAACAGACGUUUUAAUGGAGCUUUUCAUUCCAUUGCUACCAAAGCACCCAACAUUGGUGGCAGUUUUGCUGUGUGGGGAGGUCUAUUUUCAACCAUUGAUUGUUCCUUAGUAGCAAUUAGAAAAAAAGAAGAUCCUUGGAAUUCUAUCGCCAGUGGCGCUUUGACUGGUGGUAUAUUAGCAGCACGUAAUGGAAUACCAGCUAUGACAGCCAGUGCGGUUUUUGGUGGAUUACUUUUAGCUAUGAUAGAAGGGUUUGGUUUAUUUUUCAUGCACAUGUCAGCUGAACAGUUCAGACCACAACCACCAGUAUUUGAAGAUCCGACUAAUAAUGCUAAUAAUACCAAUAUGUUUUAGAUAAGAAUACAGCUAAGAGAAAGUUUAUUAUUCAUUUUUUAAUUUGUAAAUAGUUCUAAAAAAAAUAUAUUAGGUAAACUGAGUAUAAAUAAUUUGAUUAUUCUUUUAUUCAAAAAAUUAAUUCAUAUUUUUUAGAGUUGUUUUAAUUAUACAUUUGCAUUGUACCACCAUAUACUCUGUACAUACUGUUCUUUGUUUUGUUAUUAUUAUACUUAUAGAAUAAUAUUUUAUAAUAAAAUUAUAUUAUAGAAAUAAAUAAUAACAGUAGAACCUCAAUUAUUCGAAUCUCCGUUAUAUGAACCCUAUAUUAUCUGAAUGUUAUUUUGUUUCAAUUCAUUUGUCCGAACGUCAAAGCGUAAUUUAUUGUUUGAAAUUGUUAACCGUUUCUUCUUAGAAAAAUCAAAGUGAAAACGAAGAAAGUGAUGACAGCGGUUGAGACAAUCACCUACAGAGGCAUUUGUUGCAUUUGAGACUGGUCUUAAAUAGUGAGAGAUAUAGGAUGAAUAUUGUCCUUGUAUUAACAUUUUUUUUAAAUUUAAUUGCGCAAAAGCGCGUAGCAGCAAUUUGUCUAACAAAAAAUGAUCAAACUGUCAAAAAAUAAAUACAUUAUAUUAAAUCUAUUAUAUUUAAUAAUAUUCGUAAUAAGUAAUAAUAUAAUAUUUAAUGUGUAAUAAUAUUUAUUUUUAAUUUCUAUUAACCGAACUCUGCGUGGUCCCAAUUAAUUUGGAUAAUCAAGGUUCUACUGUAUAUAGAAACAAA